AUGGACGAUCGACAAGCUAGGAUAAGCAGGGAGAAUGUGCAACCAGUAGCAAAUCCUAAUGGACGAAUCUCAGAAACUCCGUUCACCCGAAGGCCGCCCAUCGUUAGCAAGGUAGACGGCCGUGCUCGGAUCUUACGGCCACUUCGUGUGGUUACGAUGCAGUCCAAUCAACAACAUCCGACUACAUCUGCCGCAAAUGGAACUCCCGGAACCACAACAGCCCAGAGACCUUCAUCUGGCGGAAUACCACAUUCCCAAUCGAUGCCGGUACUCCAGGCGGGUGUCAGAACGUUGCAACCAAACAUUCAACAGCCUGCUGCUAGACCAAUUCUGACGCUACCAUCAAAUACGACCGAAAAGAAUGCGGUUCCGUUGCUCCAAUGGGUGGAUGCUUUGAGAAAAAAAUUGGUGCUGCUGCGAGCAAAGUCGCAGGCUGCGAUGGAGGAUUCUUUGAAGGAGGUGUUAACAGAGGAAGAGAUUUUGAAAACAAGAGAAGCGCUAACGGAGGUGGCGAAUAUCUAUCAUGAUAUGAAUCGAACGGCGACAGUCAAAUGCCGGUUGAAUGCGAUUUUCGACAAAAGAGGAUUCUAUAAAUCUGUGGAGAAUUCUUUGCAAGAUCUGAAAGUUCAAGACAUCAAUGCAUAUGCACUAUACGACAGAAUGCAAGAAUCAUUGGACGAAAGGACUGCCAUUGAUAAAAAUAUCCUCUGUUUAAAUGAAACUUUCCGGAGAAACCCUGCCGUUCAACCUCGCUCAACCAUCUUUUCUGCUCCACCACCGAUCAAAUUUUCAAAGCAUUUAGAAGACGCAAAUAAAGGAUUCUUAUUAGCAAUUGAUGCAGUUAUAAACAGGACAAGAGGCGAACCAAUGUCCUGGAAAUUCAAAAGAAUCAGUCAUAGAUGCUUUAGAAAUGCGAAAAGUCUAGUUGAAGUCCAAUAUGCUACCCGACGCCCGACGGCUGAAAAAGACUUCGUGACGUGUAUGAAAGCUCUUCUAAUUCUGAGAUUCGGAAUUCUGGAGGAUUUGAUUAUUGGAGGAGAGGAUGAGACACUAUACGACACAGAGAAAAUCUAUCCGUCGAAGCGAAAAGUGUAUAAGGAGUUUACGAAUUCAGCAAAAGAGAUCAUACUCGGCUCACCAGUCACUAAAUUUACACAGCCAGGCAAUGUGGUCCAAUGCAACAACUACAUACAAAUGUAUGUGAACUGUUUUACGAAAAAAUGCGCCUUCUGCAAAAAAUAUCUCCGUCAAUUCAUGCCUCCAACUUAUGUAACAAGGGAACUAGAGCCACUGUUUUGUCAUAAAUUAUGUCUUCUCUCCCAAGUCCCAUAG